AUGUCCCAAAAAGAGCCUGCACAUGGAACGUGGUUACGUCGAUCGGGAAUCAUAUUGGUAAUUGCAUUCAUGUUGUUAUCUUUAGGUUUCGUUUACACGAAGUUCAGUUAUAACAACGUGAAGUAUACUCUAUUUGUGGAAAAUGACUCGCAAUGUGAAUCGUAUUAUUCGACAAAGGGGCAAACAUUCGAAAAGAAGUGCCACUGGUAUUUUGUUAAUUACACUCCUAGUGCAUGGGAACGUAUGUGGUAUGAUAAUAUACAAGAAUUGCAAAAUAAAGUUUGCAGCACACUCACGACUGGGCAUAAUGUGAAUAAAACGGUGUUAUUGAUGAAACGAUUGCUUGAAUUACAAAAGACUGGAAAAAGCCAACAGCAUGAUGAACAAUACGUUAAUGAUGAAGUCUUCUCUCGAAUGUUUUACCGACAACGCUGUUUCAAUUCGCGUACAAAGAUGUAUUCCGAUGGAAUAGAAGUUUUUCAACUGAUUGAGCCACUAGUAGGUUUAUUAAGAGAUCCGUUAACGAUAUGUUCACGUCUUGAUGCAUCCCAAGUACCUCCAUCGCUGUAUAACGGCGCCGUUCUCCUUUCAAAACGGCACAUUCUCCUGUCAAUUUCGGCUCCAUUUUACAUCUCGUCGCCAUCAUCACAACAGCAGACUAUAUCAACUAAAGAUUUUAUAACGACAUACUCCAAAACUAAUGUACAUCCUUGGAUGUACGACCGAUCUCAAAUGAACGCAUCACUUACAAUAGGAAAUCGAAGUAAUGGAAAGCUGAUAUUAUUCGAUUUGGGAAGUAGCGAAUUUGGAAAGAAUGUCGACAUUGAUACGACUUCUACUCGAUGGUUUUAUGAAUAUUACAAACGUUUAGACUUAAACUUCGAUCGAAUCAUAGCUUUCGAAGCCCGGGUAUUAAAUGCAACAGUCGCAUGGGAACAACUACCUGAAGACGUUUUCCCAGUGUAUACUCUUAUCAAUACUGGCUGUACAGUGACUGGAAAAUUCAAUCCUUGGUUUACUCUACAAAAGAUUGCUAAGCCGGAAGAUCAUGUGAUCGUGAAAUUAGAUAUCGACACAUUCGACGUGGAAAGAGCUUUAGUAGAUCAAAUUGCCAACGAUUCAGCUAUUCAUUCAUUAAUCGAUGAAUUGUUUUUCGAACACCAUGUCUUAGUCGACGAAAUGCGAGCUUUUUGGCGACCUCCUCCAGACCCAUUGAGUCAGUCUUACAUCUUGUUCACGAAACUACGACAACUAGGAAUACGAAUGCAUGGCUGGCCGUAA